AUGAAAUUACGCAAGGCCACUAAAAUUACAUUUGAAUUUUCAACAUUUAAUAAGAAUGCUCAGUGGGAUCAUGCAUCGAAUGGAGGAUUUACGAUUGACUAUGUAUCAAUGAGACCACACGUGCCUUAUGACACACCAAAAGGAAAUCGGUAUUCAUCAGGUAGCAAUUCAUCACGUAGUAGUAGUUCAUCAGAUUUUAAUAACUUUAAGAGAAGAUCAAUUACUCUUAUGCAGAAAAAUGCUAGUGUAAUUUUAGGUCAAAGAUUGUCAGCCAAACUAUUUGAUAAUAACCAGAUAUCAUAA